AUGGAUCUCUCUGUGGCACGCAAGCUACUCUUGGUCCUAGUGUUCACUGCAUGUGUCUUCUCCGGCACCGCUGAUGCAUGGAGCUGGAGUUGGAGCUCUGGCCGGUCUGGUUCCCACUGGGGCUGGGGUUGGGGUUCUUCUGGUAGUUCGGGUUCAAGUUGGGGUUGGGGAUGGAGCUCUCACGGAAGAGGUACAGGCUGGGGUUGGGGAAGCAGCUCCGGCUCAAACCACUGGAGAGGCACUGGCUCUACACAUAAAAGCCACCACAACCACACCGCCCCAUCAAACCAUUCAAGCGGUGGCGUUGGAUCUCCACACAACCACACGAUCCCAUCGAACCACUCAAGCGGUACCGUCGGCUCUCCAAACAACCACACGUCCCCAUCGAACCACUCAAGCGGUAGUGUUGGUUCCCCAAACAACCACACGGCCCCAUCAAACCACUCAAGCGGCAGUGUCGGCUCUCCAUACAACGACACAACUCCGAUACCGCCUAAUAAUAAAAGGAUUGAGCUCAAUGUGUGGCAAAGCGGAUUCGAUUACAAAGAGUGGGCCAUAAAGCAUGCACCGUUUUACGUCAACGAUGUUGUUGCUUUCAAGUUCAACAACGGUCAAAAGACCAACAAGAACAAGACCGAUGUCUACUUGCUCCCAGACAUGAGGAGCUACAAGUUAUGUGAUGUGAGCGGAGGGAGGAAGCUAGUCCCAAAAAAUAGGGAGGCGUGGAGCAUAAAUACCGGAGGCUUCACGUUUCUUCUCCGUAGGCGUCAGAUUUACUACUUUGUCAGUGGAGACCGCACCGGCUGCAACCACAAGAUGAAGUUCGCUCUCUUCGCAGAAUAA